CCCGAGCUCCUUUUUGUGAAACGUCGCGAGUGCGGAAGAGACGAAGGGCACGAGCCACCCUGCGCCGCGAGCCACGCAUCCGGCAACAGAAGCGGAAGCCUCCCAAGCGAAAAAAAGAGAAACGGGAACGCUUUCGAAGCACACCCCUGUCAUCAUCCUGCUGACAUUUAAGGCUUCAAUAUUUCCAAUUGCUGAGCCUCCUCUGACAAACUGAUGUAACCAGCCUGUAUUUUAUCAUGGUGCUGAGAAGGCGCCUUUACUGUGUCUCUUUUUCUUUCCUUUCGAAUGCAAUGAAUGAAUGAAUGGAUGGAUGGAUGAAUGAAUGCGCCGCCAAUCGAUGAACUCCGCCGUGUUACCAUCGUCUGUUUAUCCCGAAACCACUGAGAGCUAGGAACCGGAUCUCACUCGGCUUCAUGGCCAGACCGGCCGGCGACCAGCUGAACGCUCACGCAGCACCAGCAACAAAUGGCCAUAUGGGCAUCUCGCAGCCAUCCUCCUCUCAACCACUUUCCACCACCCAGCUUAUCAGCCACAUUCCCAAAAUCCUCCCUCACGAGCGCGUCUUCCCCAUACAGAUAGGGUCUGAGCUCUUCAAACUAUCGGGCGCAUCGCUAUCAUCCGAUGCGCCGUCGUACUUUUCCCAAUACUUUCUGUGUCAGCUAAAACAGGCCGAAGAAAAUGGAGAAGACAUUUCCAACGCCAUCCGGACCCUGUCCAUCGAUCGUGACCCAGACACGUUUAAAGAUAUUGCUCUACACCUUCAGGGGUAUCAUGUGAAACCGCGAGAUGCAACGCACUUUGUGCGAUUGUUUGCCGAUGCACAGUUUUACAGACUCCCCAAGUUGAUGUCCCAGUUGUACGAGGAGAGCAUCUUUACUACUAUUGGAGAGCGCCAGUUUGCAAUACCACGAGAGCUAUUCAAUGACCCAGGGAACUCACCCAACUUUUUCUCGCUGGGCUUUGCUGUCUUCUUUUCCUCACCAGACGAGCUCUUUCCUGGCUUGGACAGAGAAGGGCUUCUUCGGCCACCAUCGAUUGUGCCCCCUGCGAUCCCAACACGUAACGGGGAUAUUUUUGCCGAGCUACUCAACCUUCUCCGAGGAUACCCGGUCAAUAUUCGCGAUGAAGGCCAUCGCGCAGAGCUACUCCGAGAUUGCCGGUAUUUCAACUUCAAAGGGCUCGAGCAGCGUCUGAUCCCGCAUCAGAUAUCCUACAACCUGUCACGUAGACGACACGAAAUUGUUCUUCGGCUCAGGGACAUACUCAAAAGCGGUAUCACGGUAGCUUCCGAGCCCACCGCACUCGAUCCAGCCGCCGGAUGGGUCAACUACGCCCGCCCGUUCGUCGACGAGAAAUCUUACGAGCUAGUGCUCGAGAUUGGCGAUGAGAGCACCAGGCUACAGUUUGGACCGAAUGGAUCGAUCCGAGCCGAGUUCUUUGGGGAAGUCAAGACUCGCGUGGCGAAACUUUUCGAGGUCAUCUCUACCAAGCUCAACUUACCGCCCACAACACAGCCCCUCGGGUUGCUAAUGGCACAAGGGGGUGCGAGCAGCCAACCAGCUACGCCGGGGAACACACCGCUUAGCGAGGAUUUGGUAAGGGUUGUGAUGGAUCCCGAGGCAAGCGUCACGCUGGACGGAAGAGCCUGGAGCUUGGAAGAGGCGGGGAAUAGCUCGGUGCCGUCAUCGGCUGGGGGACUGGGUGGUGUGAGUGGCGGUGGUGAACAGAACUCGCCCUCGGCGUUACUGCUGUCUGUUCCGGCCUCACAGCCGUUUUCGAGGAAGAGGAGGAGGGUGGAUAUGAAUGGCGGACUGGAGGAAUGGAUUGUGCGGACUGGGCAGUGGCGGCUGAGGAUUCAAGGGGUCAAGAAUGGGAAGGCGGCGGUAGAGUGUUGUUUGGUGGCGGUCAAGCUGGAUGCUAUGAGCUCGGAGCAUGCUAGGAAUCUGCAGAGGUCCUUUUUGGGAGGGUGACUUUGGAUAUGCUGGGAAUGAUACCUUGAGUUGUUGGAUAUGAGGGUGUUUGUAUGUCGUUGUCAUGUUGGAAUUCAUGGCAUGGGAUUAUUGUGUUUAUCCUAUUACAAACUCUCUGUUUUUUUAUUAAUCAGCAAGCAUUAUUACUUUAUGACAACAGGCUGUGACAGUUCAGUGCGGCAACGAAUGAAUGAGUGUUGCACUGGCA